CUGGACAGGGUUAACAAGAAAGUCAAGCAUGAGAAGAAGCUUGCAUAUCACAUAUUUGGUUGGAUAGCUUUUGCCCGGCGUCGUUUGAAGGGUGUGGAAUUGCAGUAUGCAUUAGCUGUGAAACCAGGAAUGAAAGAGCUCAAUGCCGAUAGCAUUCCUGACUACGAUGUCAUCACAAGUGUCUGUGCUGGACUUGUCAUUGUGGACAGCAAAGGGUCUCCUACGUUUGUGUAUUACACUACUCAAGAAUAUUUUACUUCACACCAAGAUGAACUUUUCCCCUGUAUCCAUGAAGAUAUGAUGCGCACCUGUCUGACAUACAUGUCAUUUGACAUUUUUGAA